GGCUCCCCCAUUGGCCGGGCGCGGGGCGGGGGGAAGUGAGGAACAGGAAGGAAGCGGAGGCGCUGACCCGACCAACACUCGACAUCACCACUGAUCAAGCAAAGCCCGGGAAUAGCGACGGACGGAGCAGAAUCCACGGCGCAGGUGUGGGAGAGCCUGCCCGUCCGCCCGCCAGAUGGAACUUGAAGGAAUCAAAUUAAAUGAAAUAAGCCAAAAAGAGAAGGAUGAAUCAUGAGAAGAACUUAAGAAGUAAGAAGAGAAAGUGGAAACACAAAGUAGAACUUGGGCAGAGAUGAAGAGAAGUUGAAAGAGUAUGGGGAUAAGACAAGGAGAAAGAGAGACAUCUACAGGACUGCUUCACCACUUGAGAAGCUUCCCUGCCUACAGCUGGGAAAUAGGAGCUUGGAGCAAGGACCAGCUGUUCAAGAGCACCCCAGACUUGAGCCAGGCACAUUUGAGGCUUGGAUCUAACUACAGACGCUGAGAUCUAACUAAAGACACCGCAACAAUGUCGGUGUUAGAAGAAACUCGGCCAUUUGCUCAACAGUUAUCCAAUGUCUACUUUACCAUUCUUUCACUAUUCUGUUUUAAACUUUUUGUGAAAAUCAGUCUGGCCAUCCUCAGUCAUUUCUACAUUGUGAAAGGCAACCGCAAGGAAGCAGCGAGGAUAGCAGCUGAAUUUUAUGGAACAACCCAAGGACAAGGUUCCUGGGCAGAUAGGUCUCCACUACAUGAAGCAGCAAGUCAAGGUCGUCUUCUUGCACUGAGAACAUUAUUAUCACAGGGUUAUAAUGUAAAUGCAGUAACCAUAGACCAUGUCACCCCAUUGCAUGAAGCCUGCCUCGGAGAUCAUGAAGCAUGUGCCAGAACUCUUCUAGAGGCUGGAGCUAAUGUAAAUGCAAUCACAAUAGAUGGUGUGACACCACUAUUCAAUGCGUGCUCACAAGGUAGUGCAAGCUGCACAGAACUUCUCUUGGAAUAUGGUGCCAAAGCCCAGCUGGAAUCGUGUCUUCCUUCCCCUGCACAUGAAUCUGCCAGUAAAGGUCACCAUGAAUGUCUGGAAAUACUGAUAUCCUGGGGCAUAGAUGUUGAUCAAGACAUUCCUCAUUUGGGAACUCCUCUAUAUGUAGCUUGUAUGUCACAGCAGUUUCGCUGCAUCCAGUUGCUUCUUUAUGCUGGUGCUGAUGUACAAAAAGGCAAAUAUUGGGAUACUCCCCUACAUGCUGCUGCUCAACAAUCCAGUACAGAGAUUGUAAACUUACUGAUAGAAUUUGGAGCAGAUAUCAAUGCCAAAAAUACAGAUCUUCUGCGACCUAUAGAUGUAGCAACUUCUAGCAGUUUGGUGGAAAGAUUACUGCUUCAACAUGAAGCCACUCCAAGCUCACUUUGCCAACUUUGCCGACUCUGUAUCAGAAACUACAUGGGACGAUCAAGACUCCACCUUAUCCCACAGCUCCAGCUGCCAACAUUAUUGCAGAAUUUCUUACAGUACCAAUAAUGCAGUAAAAUAAUUCUGAAUACCUAGAAAA